UCCGCAGAGAACGAGAAUCCAAAAUAGAAAAGUCCACCGCAUCUCUCCGGAGCAGUAACACGCAUGGAAACUUAGAAUUUAAACGAGUUAAAACACCAUUUCACUUUAAAAAUCGAAAUAAAAAUUUUAGUGUUUUUAGAGACGUCUAUUCGCAAUGGCGGCUGCGCGUCGAAUGGCCGCCAUUUUGUUUUUGUUAUUUGCGAUAUUUGAAUUAACGGUAGGAUGUGACGUUGAUGAUGUGGCUGUGUACAAAGUGUCGAUGCAAAUGUUGUGGAGUGAGGAGAGGUUCCCGAAGGAUUACCCUCAGAACAGACCGAAGGCGCAAUGGUCACAGGUCUUUGGACAAUCCCACUCUUCGAACUACAGCUUGUACCACAUAGGUUCAGUCGCUAGUAAUGCAGUUCGAGGCUUUGCCCAAUACGGGAAGAUUGAUGAGCUGGUGAAGCAGGGAGAUGAAGAGCUACAGGUGUACGACCAGUUCUCAGCCCCAGCUCUAAGGUCUGGAACAGGGGUCACUGAGAACAUGGUGUUUGUUGAUGGAAGACAUAGUUUGGUAUCAGUCAUGAGUCGGAUGAUUCCAUCACCAGACUGGUUCGUUGGUGUUGACGGCGUAAACCUAUGCGUGGACUCCUCAUGGGUCGAUCAAAUUACUCUUGACCUGGAGCCUCUGGACGCAGGCGCCGCAAGUGGUCUGACGUUCACAGCACCUCGUUGGGAGACCAACCCUCCUGACCCAGUGACCAGGCACAAACCGAGGGCACCUGAUCAUCCAGCAGCCGGCUUCUACUACCCACUGCUGAGAGUACUACCGGCUAUUGCUAAAGUACAAUUUACCAAGGUAAAACAAUAUUCACCAAAGGAACUCAACAAUCUGGCUCGGACAGAACUUCUAUCAACUCUCAAAACUAAAAAUGAACAAACCAGUGUAACGCAAUCAAUUAAAGUCAGUGAUGACAAUGACGAAGAUAUUGAUGAAGAUGAGGAUGAGGAUGAAGAACAUCCUACAAUGACUACCAGGAGCAAUGUGGAUACGUUGAAGGAUUUGGAGGAAGAACCAGUUGGAACGCCAAGACCUAAUGUACCAGAAAAUUAUGUCGUCGUUGUGACUACAGCUCCUACAACCACAACAACAGAGAAGGAAUUCGAAGGUGAACUCAAGAGUAUGGACGACGUUGUACUAGCAGUUGCUCAUGGUAGAAAACUGGGUCUGCACAAACAUCUACCUAGACAUUUUAGAUCCCGACUUCAUCAUGCAGUCAACAGGAUACAACCUAACGACUGCCUCGUCUCAGAAUGGAGUGAUUGGUCCCCAUGCUCAGUCACGUGUGGCUUUGGCGAACAACGUCGAUCCAGGAGCGUGGUACGUGAAAAGAAGGAAGGUGGUCGCGACUGUCCCACACUGACUGAUAGAAAACACUGCGGCAACGUCAACUCCUGCGCACAUAUCGAUUAUUUUGAAUGGUAGACUGAUGAUUGAAUAAAUUUUGUGAUUUGUA